AGAGACCAAACGUUUCACAUUCUGUGCGAUUUCAUGGAUGAAGCUCCUGACGGCUCUUUUGUUAGGAGCCUGCUUCUGGCGGGUGCUGUCCGCCGAUGCGCAGCAAAGAGUGCCUUUCGAAGCCCAGUGCUUCUUUGAAGGAGAAGCGGGCUCCAUUGACCGAUCUGAUACUACAAUUUCUUUGCUCCACCAGGAUUGGAGCUCACAUGAGUUGGUGACCUAUGUGGCUGCAUUCAUUCUGAAGGAAUGGUUGGGCUACAACGUGGAGCUGGUGCGCCUCAAGGAGAUGGCGAACAGCGAAGAGUAUCGCAGGAGACUUGAGACCAUGCGGGAAGGUGUGUGGGAUGCUGACCUAGAAAGCUGGCUGUUGAUUAUGGAGCGACAACAUCGCGAAGAUAUGCUCACUGUGGUUGAGCCACUUCAACCCAUUGGCUAUAGUGGUCGUUCAGGCCUAUACGUGAUGCCUCAAGUUCUUGAGCAGGACAAGUUCGCAGAUUGGUGGAAGUUCUAUUUGCAACCAGGACAUGCUAGGUCCUUGGGCUUUCGUGGUUUGAACCAGACGAGGCUCAGGAAAGACCUUGAGGAGAAAUUUCCGGUGUGUCAGCAAGAGGAGUACCCGUGGUGCGGCGCAAGCGGUGGAAGCUUUGAAGGUUUUUGGGUUCCGGAGCACUGCGUCGAGAACAUCUCAUCUUGCGUGCUGGUGGAAAUGGGCGAGCCAAGCUGGGACCAGGGUUACUUUGAGCAGGUGGUUCAAAAUCUCAAGCUGCCUAUGGUCUUCGCAUACCUUGGGAGUGAUGUGUUGUCCCGCCGGCGAGCGGAGCUUGAAGAUGCUCCAGAGAAUGUGGUGUUCUACUCAUGGUCAUCGAACUGGGGCUCUGAGUUCUAUGGUGGUCAGCGCAUCUCCUUCCCAGAUCCUUCUGCGGUGUCGGUGGUGGAAGGAUACGAACAGAAUCCCGAUGGUCCGGUAGCAGUGGACUAUCCUGACGUGAAUUUGGUGAAGCUCAUUGCCAAGACACUCUUCAACCGAGCACCUGAGGCAUACUGGAUGCUUUCACGGCUGAGUGUGUCGCGCCAGGGGCUUUUGGAGCUUUUGGGCGAAGUCCCAGCUCUGACACAGGAGGAGCGUAUGAGGUCGGCUUGUGAGUUCCUCAAGUCCAGUCGAGCCAGAAUAGCAGAUCUGGCCCCUCCCUGCGCAACAAAUAGCAAUAGUGACACAGUUUUUGAUGGCACCACAGGCUUAUGCUCCCAGCCGGCCAGCAUUCAGAAGACCAGAUGCUUUGAUGAACCGCCGAUCAUGGACAACUCAAAGUUGGUCAUACGUCUUGGGCAACGAGAUUGGCUUUCGCACGAUUUGAUGCGAGUAAUUGCAGGCAUACUUUUGUCUGAAAGGCUUGGGUAUUCGGUGCGGUUUGAAGACAUCUCCUCCAUACCGGCCAAAGAAUGGGCCACCAUUCUGGAGGGCAACCAGAUGGACGCAGAGAUGGAGAGUUGGCAAGUUGACAUUUUUGAUCCAGCCAUUAAGCUUUACUUGGAUGGGAGUGGUGUCAUCCACUCCCCAAAGGAAAUCGGGUGGACCGGCAGGGAAGGCCUGUUCUUCAUCCCAGACCUGGUGGAGAACGUGUCCUAUGCGGACUUCUACAAGUUUUAUGAAGGACCAGAUGCUAGAAUGAACGGGUUCAAGGUGUUCAACGCCACAGAGGUGGAUGAGAUUCGGGAUGAACACAUGUUUUGCCCCGUGGGUUCGCAAAACCCUUGGUGCCAAGGAGAAUUCAGCAGCAAUUGGUGGCCUCACAAUUGCCAAGGUGCACCCUGUAUCGAAGCCUCCAUGGGCAGUCCUUUGUGGGCUCAAGGCACCUUUGAGCAGCUGGCGUCCAACAACAACCUAAGCAUUGCCUUUGCAUAUUAUGGCGGCAAGCAGCGGUCGGUGGUCGAAUCUCUUGCUGGUCGCAAGAUCCCUUCAAUUUUUUACGGAUACACACCCUCAGAGUUUGCCUCCGCUUAUGACCUGAAGCACGGCCGGGGCCGAAUCUCCUUUCCGGAUUUCUUCCAGGGUUGCACCACGCUGAGCGAUCGCUCCCCGAAUGGCCCACGCAACUGUGAUUUGCCGCCUACCGUCAUUUGGAAGCUCCGGCGCAAGGACCUGGCAGUCAGAGCACCAGAAGCUGCCUACAUGCUAGACUAUUUGCAAGUCUCCCAGGAGCAGGUGGAGGCCCUUUUGUCGAUGCACAAGUCUGGUCGCGGCAAUUUCACGACCGAAGAGGCUGCCUGUUGGUUCGUGAAGACCCAGAAAGAAGCUGUGGAUCUAGCCUUGCCUGAAUGCAUCGCAAACCCGAUUGCAAAUCCGAAGAUUGGCGACAUUGUUUGGAGCGCCGCUGAGCUCUCCUGCGUGAAACUGUCAUGCCCCAGGAAUGCGACCCUUAUCUAUGAUGGGAGUUCUGGGUUUGCCCGCUGCCGCGUAUGCAGCACGGACAAUGCUGGCACCGUUCCAGCAGCAGACCAGAUGUCCUGCACGCCCUGCCCUGCUGGGACGCAGCCGGAUGCCCUUGGGGAGAACUGUCAGGCUUGCCCUCCAGGGCGCUACGCGCAAGAAGCGGCAACUCCAUCAUGCCAGGCCUGUCCCAUGGGUCGCUACAACCCGCUGCCGCGGCAAUCACGUUGUGCCGUGUGCCCCCGAGGGGCGAUUUGCACUGGUGGCUACAACGGGACUGCAGCCACCUCCUUCUAUGCGGAUGCUGGCUUUUAUUUGCUUGGGGAACAAGUUGACGUCGUUGGGCACUUUCAGACGAAGAUGUUGACAUGCGCAGAUUGUUGGGACAGUGAGGAGCCAUUCCUAAGUUUCGGGCCCUUCCAAUGCCCAGUGGCAUCUGCAUGCCGCGGGAACAACACUUGCCUCAUGGACGAGGGCCAGGAGGCAAUGGAAGGACCUCUUUGUGGUAGCUGCACUGUGGGCUUUCAGCGAACAGGUCCCGAGGAGCCUUGCAGUAGAUGCCCACCAGAUUGGCUGACCCUGCUCGUGAUUGUCAUCGUGAGCUUGGGUGGGAUGUUGGGCCUUUGCGUGCUAUCCUGGUCACAGGAUGUCUCCCACGGCAAUUUGCGAGGAGUGUACUCCAUCGUCUUGAAGAUCCUUUGCAACUUCUUCGUCCAGCUGAAAGCCGUUGGUCAGGUGACAGACCUCAACGGUGUCAUUAAGGACUUGGGUGAAGAUGGCAUCACUCGAGCAAUUCUGACCUCCCCAAUCGCAUUGUCAUUGGGCAUUGGUGAUGUGCUGGAGAACCCUUCAACAUCUAUAUUUUCGCUAGAAUGUUUGAUGAUGAGCGGCGGCACCAGCGUCUCUCAAAGCCUUUAUUUGAAGGUCUUGGGCGCUUUGCUAUUUCUGCCAGCCUGCCUUCUUCUGACGUUUUUGGUGGUGGCUGCGUUCACCGUACUCUGGGCUGUUUGCCAUCGCCGUCCUAAGCGUCCACGUGAGCGGUCAUUGAAAUUGCGUAUCCUGCUGUCCUUCUCUUCAAUUGGUGUCUUGCAGCUGUACUUUCUGCAGCCCAUGGUGACUUCGCAGCUACUGUCAGUGUACAACUGCCAGUCCACGGACGAAGGAGGCGGUUUGCUUGACACUCCACGGUGGUCUCUGGAUAUGAGUGUUGAUUGUUCAUCGGCAGUGCAUCAGCGUUGGCAGCUGGUCACAGCAGUGGGCUUGUUGCUGUGGUCCUUCGGUAUACCUUUUCUCCUGUACCUGAUUCCAAAGUUGAUUCUAAAGUGGACCUCGUAUACUUUGCAGAGCAGGGAGAUGUGGAAUGUCUUUGGUUUCCUCUACGAUGGAUUUGAGCCCGACUUCUGGUACUACGAGUCGUGGAUGAUGUUGAGAAAGACUUACAUUUUGAUUGCUGCUAACAUUUUUUGGUUGAGCCCGGAAACUCGCACCGUGGUGCUCUUGACAUUGGUGAUCUACUUCCGCUACAUGCAUCUAAGGGAUCUACCUUAUGACAAUCGCGCCUACAUGGGUGUGGACAAAUUGCAGUUUCAAUCCUUGGCCACAUUUACGUGGAUAUUGCUUGGCCGAUUAUUUCGCACCACGCUGCAGGCGACAGACAACGCAAUUCCUGAAGAAUAUUCACCAAUUUUCUAUUUGCCAGCUGCCAUCAACUUCCUCAUUCUUGUGGGCAGAGCAACCUAUCUCGUCAUCCGGGACCUGAUUUGGCCUUUGCAGAGUCCACCGACCCUGCUGCCACAGUGGUUGCGAAAUCGAUUGGAUCAUAGGGUCACCUUCUCUUUCAUCCCGCCAGCUGUUGUCGAGUCAGACCAGCGCCACCACUUUUUGAGUGUGGAACACGGAAGCCUUUCAGGGCAGCACAUGAAAGAGCUGGCAGAAGACUGGAGUUUGACAACUUGUGCAGCCUUGCCCAAUCAGGAGCGCGAGAUUUUGAAAACGAUUCUGACGGAAACAGCUGAAGUCCUCCUGCGACGCCAUGAGAUUGUCCACGGGGAGGGCGCUCAAGUGAUCUACUUGCCAACAUUUCUCCUUCAAAUGGAGCGGGUCAUUGUCGCGGCCAUGUGCUACGCAGUGAAAUCCCGCAUCAUCAAUGAAGAAGUGGUGUUGAAUCGAGAUACUUGGGGCAAAUGGAUGUACGGGCUCUGGGAAGACUCGAUCAGCUACCUGAAGCUGGUGGUGGUUGGACGGGAGUCGGAUGACCAUAACAACAUCAUGCGCCAGCGUAGCAGCAGGUCCUGGGAGGAUCAGGAAUGCGAUCAUUUGCGUGAAGCCCAGCACCUUGUGAGACGCCCUGUGAGUACGGAGGAGAUCCAGAUUGCCCUUUACAGUCUUUGGCCUGAUCUAACGGAUCCCAGCAUCAACAAGAAGCACUCAGAGAAAAAUCACUUGCGAGAGCUGGUGCAUGCACACCGAGGGAUUGUGGAUAUGCAUGGAGAAGUGUCGCACAUCUUCGAUUCAGAUGGGCACGCAAACUCCAUUUUGAGGCGGAGAAAUCGAACGGUCCGAAGCGAUGACUCGGUAUCAGUGACUUCUGGUUGUGCCAGCGAUGCCACCCAGACCAAUGAGUUUGAUUUUGCAGAGGAGAGCGACGGGUUCUUCCAGCGAGAGGUUGCUCACAACUUGCAACUACCUGUGCAGCAUCGUCAUCAUCCAUCGAAGCACUUGCCACCGUUGGUUGAAACUUCGGAGGACUCACGCAGCCGAGACGUGAUUGUUGACAUGAUGCUGAACCGAUCAGCUGCGGAUGGGUUCAAGCUGCAGCUCUGAAUUCGCUUUGGAGCUAGGGUAAUUUCCAAAGGAAUCCCUAGCGUAAGAUUGUCAUCAAGGGUACCUGAGGCGAAGGCUUAGCAUGCACCUGCCUUUGCCUUGGAUUCUAAUCACCAGCUCCUUUGGGGAGGGAGUUUGCUUGAAAUGAAC